AAAUGGAAUAUGAACUAAUAUGGUACUAUGUUGAUACAAGCGAAUAAGAAACAGAAAAAUAAACUAAAGGUCCUAUAUCUAUAAGAGAUAUAGAUGUUAUGUUAAGAACCAGCAUUAUUACUUCGCGUAAUUAGUGAUCAUAACAUUUAGAUACUUAUGUUUAUAAGGAAGGAUUUACAGAUUGGAAACCAAUAUUUUUGGUUGAAGAGUUAAAAGGUUUUUUGGAUGAGUAAGAACAUGAAAUGGUUUAAAUAACUUGUGGAAAAGAUAUAAAAUCUGAAGAAUAAUAAGCACAGCAGAUAUAAUAAUAAUAGGAUGAAAAAGAUGGAGAGGAAGUGGAUGAAUAAUCUGAAGAAAAUGAAUCAUUUUAAUAAUUGAAUGAUGAAUAGAGGAUGGAAAUAUUAAAGAAGAAAAUAGAAAAGAAUAGAAAGAAAUCACAAAAAGAAAAAGAAAAAAAAAAGAAUUAAUGGUACACUCCAAAAAUAAAUACAAAUGUAUAUGUUGAAGGAUUACCAUAAGAUAUAACUUUGGAAGAAAUGAAAACAUUUUUUAGCAAAGCAGGAAUAAUUAGAAUCAAUCCAGAAACUUUACAACCUACAAUUAAAAUUUAUAGAGAUUAAAAUGGGAAUUGUAAAGGUGAUGGAUUAAUAUCAUAUAAAAUGGUUGAAAGUGUAUAAACAGCAAAAGAAAUGUUGGAUGGACUUCAUAUUAGACCAGAUGUUAUAGUUAAAGUGACUGAAGCAGUUUUUGAAUAGAAGGGAUAAUAUCGUAAAAGAGAAAAUAGAAAAAUUGAUAAAUUAUAAAAGGUUUUGGCAAGAUAAAAAGAGAUGACAUAAAUGGCUGAGGAAGGAUAAGAAGAUGAUGGUAAAGGAUUAAAAAUUUUAAUAAUUAAAAAUUUAUUUAGUCCAUCAUAAGCAUAAAAAUUAGAGUUUAUGAAUUAAAUAUAUGGUGAUUUAUUGUUAAAAAUAGAAGCUUUGUAAAUUUAUGUCCAAAAAUUAGAGUUUUUCAAAGAUCAUCCAUAAGGUAAUUAUAUUUUUAUAAAUAAAGGUGUUGCAAAAGUUAAAUUUCAUUCUGCAUAUGAUGCUGAGAUUUGUUUCACUAAUUUAAAUGGUGUUGAAUUCAAUAAUAGAAAAUUAUUUAUUUAAUAUUGGGAUGGUAAAGAAAAUUUUAAAUCAAAUAUUGAAAGUAAAGAAGUUGAAGAAUAAAGACUAGAACAAUUUGGAUAAUGGUUAGAGGAAUAAGAUGAUAGUGAUUCAGAUGAUGAAAAGAAACAUAAAAAUAAAUGAGU